GAGGUGGUGGUGGUGGUGGUGGUGAUAAUCUUGGUGAUGGUGGUGGUGAUGGUGGUGGUGCAGGUGGGUUGACGGAGAUAACAAUAACACUGGAGUUGGUCGUAGUGUUCCUCGUUCUUAUCAGCAAGGAAUUCCACUGAUAAGCACACACGUUACGAUGAUAAGAUAUGAACCACCACCACCAUCACCACCACCACCACCAUAUCCUCAUUACGAACCCUCCUCACCGCCAUCACCACCAAACACAUCCAUGCCCACAUACCCUCACGCCACCCCUUCACCACCACAGCCAGUACCAUACACCGCAGUUUCUCUCCCUGACCUCGAUGCCGCCUAGAGGAGCAACAGCACACCGGUGGAUGGGGAUUCGAACACGUUGGAGAUAAGCUCUUGUCAUGCCGAGCGCCCCAGAGUGACGUGAGGCUACAUAGUAAUCGAGGGGUUGUGUACGCAGCCGACGUGGCUAACACACUCAAAGACACACACUCUUCAGCUGGCUAAGGACACGCGCCCAUGUCCUCCCGUGCUCCUCCUCCUCAUCCUCCUCCUCCUCCUCGUCUCAGAGUUGCUGUUGUGCCCGAAAGGAAAAUGUUGAUUGAAAAAUACAACGCGAGAGAGGACGGACUAUUCGUGUGUGGAGGGCAGUGUGGACUUGUUUGUGAAGUUGCGUUUUGAUCAUAUUCCUUGUGACUGGACGGAGUGAUUCUUCCCGCGUGAAUAUUUUCCUCCCCCUUACUGAAAAAUAAGAUAAAAUAAAAUAACACGAGAAGCUGUGAAUCGCGUUCCUGGAGUGUCGCUGUGGAGCAGGAGUGGUUUGGGCCUCAAGCAGGACCUUGUUCCCCCCCUCCCCGGUGCCAACACUCGCGAUCUUGACCUUCGUGAACUGGAACCGCAACUAAAUUCAACCUUUUUCUUCCGGCUGGCAGACAAACAGUCGUGUGGAGAGUGUGUGUGCGUGUGUGUGUGUGUGUGUGUUGGCAUUUAGGUGUUGCAAGAGGCAGACAGACUCGUGUGCGGGGCAGGGGAGAAAGUUCCGGGCCUCGGCAACGGCCGGCUGGUGGAUGGGCUGCCGGACGACCCAAGAAGCGGUGUAAAGAUCAGUAGGGCGACGCCUCCCUCAGUUCCCUGCAGCACAGUAGUCGCGGCUGUCCGAGCAGGAGGCGUCAGGGCGUUCUGCCAGUGACGUGACGUGAAAAUACUUGACUGAUUGUGUUAUUCACGAAAAUAAACUUCAGUGCCCAUGAUUGAAAGCAGGCAACUGUCAGGACCAAGAAAGUUUGACACGUGUGUGCGAACACGAGGUGCUUGAGGACUGGAAACAGGGAAAGUACCGAGUUUCAACUGCGAGUGAAAGGAAGGGCGAGUGGCGGGCGCGGGUCAUGGGGUUGGGCGGGCAGGUGCUGGAAGUGGGGCGUCGCCAGGCACUGCUGUGUACUGGGGCGGCAAAAUAAAGGCUUUAAAAUCAAAAACUUUUGUUGAAUGUGACACAAAAUUGAAACUUCACCACGUAAAUGUAAACCAAAGGUAAAAUUCAUGAAAAAUCGCAUUUACGAAUCAAUUUGUGCUUCAGUGAAAACAGACAGAACAGUUGUGCAUGCAGUGAACGGCUGGAGGGCGUGGCAGGGCGGCGCGAGGACACUGAAUGGAAAACGAGAGUAAUUAGGCAACAUGGCGCUGCGGUGGCGCGAGACAAGCUUCGUGGCCUCUCACUCGGCCUCCAGAGUGCAGGUGCCAAUAGACUUCGCUAUCGAAGAACCUGAGGAGGACCUUGACUUCAUUCUCGAGGUCGAGGAAGCGAUCAAACCUUCAAAAGUGGAGAUUUCUGACGGUUCUUCAAGCAGCAAUGAGAGCGAGAAUGGCGGCCAGGUUACCGCCAUCGUUGCCAGGCAAGACGCCAUUCCAGAGGCCCCGUCAGAGGCGCCACCCGUGACCUUGGAGGCACUACAGAACGAGCUCCAAAUGAUGCACAGGGAGACGCGGGCACUGCAAGACCUCUUAGUAAGUAAUGGAGGCACUGGAGGUGAGUCGACGCAGGGCUUGGUGGAGGCGUGGCAGCAGAGGAAUGUGAUUCAAGGCGUGGCACAGAGCGCUGACGCAGGAAUAGUGUCUUUCGGCGUCUCCUCCACCACCAGUCAAGUCGUCUACCGCCGCCAGCAGACCGAGGAGGUGAUCACACACAGACGCACAGCUUCCAGGCGACUCAGGCGAACUCGGCCUGGCAACAGAGGCUACAUCAGCAGCAGCAGCGACAGUUCUCCUGAGCUUCCUCGCUUUAGAGAGGCGAAAGAUGCAACGACUCGUGCCUCUAAAAAGAACAUGGAGACAGGAGCGUCUAGGAAGGCAGCCACGGAACAGUCGAACAGAGAUACAGAUACAGCUGCAAGGAAUCAAGCAACAGAAGGCGAGACAGUGACAGAAUCCACCGCUGGAAAUGAAGCAGAAUCGCAAGCGGAGACUCAGGCUCGAGAGAACCCAAUGACUGAGGAAGCAAACCGAGAAACAAUAACUACCGGUGACACAGUCAAUGGAGAUUCUUCCACAGAAAUUCCACUUGAGGAAAAUGCAAUGGCAAAUGAAAUAAUCAGAGAGGACGCCCCGACAGAUGAAACCGCCACAGGAGUCACAGUUACCGAAGAACCAGUCAGGGUAGAUUUAGCUACUGCAGUCAGUGGAAAUGUAGCCAUCGAAGAGCCAGUCAGAGAUGAUAGCAGCACAGAGGAGCCGAAUACAGAGAUUGCCUUAGAAGUGCCACUUCAAGAGCGAGCAGCCACAGAAGAGCAGCUCUUGGAACAGUUGAUUCAAGAGGACCCAAGUCAAAAGUAUUCACCUGCAGAACGAGGACCCACGCAGCAUCUAGCGGCCGAGGACCAGGACGCCACGGACGCAAACAAUGGUCGCAGGUCUCGCAGCUCCUACCACAACAUGAUCGAGGGGUUAGGCGAUUCCUCAGAGGACAACCUUUCUGAUGAAUGGAGGGAUGAAGAUUUCAUUGAAGAGACGAAUUUUAGAAACAUAAGUGACUCUCCGGAGGUCAGUGAGGUAACAGACAUCACUCAGCUAUCUAUGGUAGAGACAGACAAUGAUUUAGCAACAGAAGUCGAGGAGCGAUUGUUGUCCGGGACACCAGAGAGGGAUGCCAAGGCUGCCAAACCGACAAUCACGCGUAAAGGGAGUUCUUUAGGCGUAGAAACAGUGGUGAAGCCAUACCUUGAGACCAAUCUUGACAACCCUGUUUUGUACAACCUGGAGAAGGUGUCCGAAACCAAACCUCUUUCCCCAUCUGUACCUUCUGCGGAACCAAGUAACGAAGCUCCUGAAUCGGGUCUCCUUAAUCUAGAAACCGAGAAAAAGCCGGAUGUCAGCCAAGAAACCAAAUCUCUUUCCCCAUCUGUACCUUCUGAGGAACCAAGUAACGAAGCUCCUGAAUCGGGUCUCCUUAAUCUGGAAACCGAGAAAAAGCCGGACGCCAGCCAAGCAACUGAACACACACCUGAGCCUCCUGAAGAUCAAAAGGAAAAGUUAACACUCAAACACACGGCAAAAGAGGCAAAUGAGGUGAAGCCUGAAGCCUUAGCGGAGCCCAAGUCAGAAGCACUAAGUGACAACGACAAACAGGACGUGAUAACUGAACCCCAAGCCAACCUAGAGGACCACGGUGACCCCAAAGCUAGUCCACAGCCAGACGAAGAGCUUCCCAUUGCAGCGUCGCCAACCACCCCGUCUCCAGUGCCAAACGACGGUCAAGAUAAGGAGGAUAACUUGAAAUCAAAGAAGCGAGGGAGGCCAGGAAGCAGAAACCGGCCGUCCCAAAAGCCACCACCGCCUCCAAGAGCCUCCUCAUUGUUGCCUUCUGGUGCUGAGUCACAAACAGAAAGUGAGGAACUUUCAAACCCACCGUCAUGGACUCCAGACCCCUCGUCGCCUCGCGGGUCGUUGGGAUCGUCUUCGAGUUCCCCGGAGUCGGAAGCUGCGGCUAGCGAGGACGCAGUGACGAUGAGGGAGAAAUCGAGUAAAGAAGAUCCACAUGUCGACGGCAUCAAUCGGGUCUCCAUUGUGUACGAGGAGCUGGAGAAGAUAGACAUUCCUCGGGUACCUUCACCACCACCUCGAGAAGCUACGGCAAUAUAUCCCGAUGUGUCGACUCCCAACAUCGACACGGAUGAAGCCUCUACUUCAGCCCCGACAUCACUGGAGGAAUCAACUAUUGACGGACUUCAAAGAGAGCACUUGAUAGCCCUUCCUGAAACCUCCGUGAAGCCUGUACAAGAGUUCCCCACGUGCAUCACCGUAGCUACACCCUCCCUCAGUCCCGAGGGGUUGCCUGUGCGUGCAGUUAACGCGGAGUCAUCAGGUAAUAAAAACAAUCCUCCCGAGGAAGACUUCCAGACGACGCCCUCCAAGCAUUACACAUCGGAAGAGUCUCUGCCCUCUUCCCUGGAACAUAUUCCCAAGGAUACACCAAAGUCCUCGUCACCAAGUCAUCCAUCAGUGUUUCCACCGUCGGACGCCUCAGGGACCUCAGUGACCCAGGGACGACAGGAUUCGCCACACCAGUCUCUGGAUUCAGAGUCAGUGCUAACGGGGAACUUGGAGAAUCCCUCAUCAAUUUUCAGUGUCUCGGAUCUCAUUUUAUCAGAUUUGGAAAUAACGAAGAUUUCAGAAAUACCUCCACCUCCUCCUCGACAUCCUCCUCCUAGCGUUGCCUCCCAGCCUUCACCAUCACCAUCAACAGAGACUCGUCUAAGUCAAGUGAGCAAAGACUCUCCUCCACAAUCUUCAACGGUGCCUCUGGAGCAAGUGUUGUCUGAUCUGGAAAAAAUGGAGAUUCCAGGCGUGCCCCCUCCGCCGCCCCGCCACCCCCCGCCGCCUCCCCCUCUUCAAAGUAGCACACCACCACAACCCGAGGCUUCUUUGCAAACAAUAUCAGAAGAAUCGAUUAGUUCUUUAGACACGUGCUCGUCAUCGGCCCACGAAGCCUCAAUGCAGCUUCCAGAGGGUUCAACCGACGACUCGGCGGUCUCUGAAUCUUCGCUUUGUGAUUCAGAUCAUGUAUUUGCACCAAAAGAAGAUGAGGGAGCAUCGCGGACUCCGAUCCAACUUUUCAUGCAAGAGUCUUUCAAAUCUCCUGAAAAGAUUUUGGAAAGGCUGAACAGCCUGGAGAUACCCGAGGUACCACCGCCUCCUCCUGCAAGACCCCCACCACCCAUUGCAAUGCAGUCAUCUCCAACACAACUCUGUGGACCUUCAAGCCUUAUUGAAGAUGAUCUUCCACCAGAGUUCAAGGAGACGCCAACCAAGAAGACCGAAAGUCGCUCUCCAUCCCAUUCUUCCGAGUCUUCACAUGGGCACGGCGCUGAGACUCCGUCAUCACGGCGACUAAAGGAGCUGGAGGAGAUGGAGAUUCCUGAGGUGCCGCCGCCACCACCCCGCCAGCCUCCCCCAGGCGCCUCAGAUUCUAUGCAAAUGAUCAUGAGUGAAACUCCUGAAACGCAAACACAGAACACACCGGAAGGGUCUGUUGACACUUACCCAAUUUCCAGUUCAGAAGACUGUGAAAUGCACACCACUGAGUCACCACGAGAACAGACCCCUCAAAAGACGAGGCAGCAGCCUCUGGACAGCUCCGAUGCUUCGCGUCAGACACAGGAGGAUUUGCCUAAGUGCCUAAGUUCCUCUCCAGCCACGCCUCGUAUACAUCAACAGCACUUGUUAGAAGAGCUCAAUAAAAUGAAAAUUCCAGAGAUUCCUCCCCCGCCUCCCCUCCAGCCACCCCCAUCAGCAGACCCUUCAGAGGUUUAUUCAGCAGCCAACCUCCAGUCCUCCACCCCAGACUCCUCUCAGGUGUACACAAUUCCAUCCUACGAUGUGUCUUUUAGCACUGACCCUGGUGACACGGAGUCCUCAGAAACUUCUCCCACAUCACCUGAAGAACUAGAGUCUCCUCCUAUGAGUAUGAAUCUUGAGGAUUCUCUGCCACGAACGGAUAAGCCCUGCCUUACCCUAGGCAACCAUAUUACCUCACCACGCUUGCCAGAAGUCUCCCCACCUAAGCUGCUAGAAGAACUAGACAAGAUGGAAAUUCCAACAGUGCCUCCUCCUCCACCACGACGGCCUCCUCCACCUCCACCACAAUCUCUUCCUCCACAACACCCGCUCCCCUCUCCUCGUCCCUCCAAACUAUCGAAGACUUCCGAGUCCUCCUCAACAAGUGCUUCAGAAGAGUCACCAGCAUCCACGCCUGAACCGUUGACGGCAUCUAAAAGUUCCCCAACACAAGACUUCGAAAAAUCUGUAGCAGAACCCUCGAGUGAGCUACAAUUCUCAGUUCCUUCACCCUCAACUCCACUGCAGCCACAGCAAGUUCCUGCUCAGCACCACGACGACGCCAUUUCAACACAGCCACCAAGUGUCUCCUUGACACUGUUUCCAGAGUUUGCAAGCACCGAGGCUUGCUUAGCACGAGUGAUUGAAAACUCCCAGGCAGAACUUACGCCUGGAGCAGAAGAGGUCCCUCAAGCAGCGGUUCAUAGGCCUCUUUUACCUUCUGUAGCAGUCCUAGACAAGCACUUCUCACACUCUGAAGAUGAGACGACGUCAUCCUCCUCCUCAUCUGAGGAGAGUUCGUCGUCAGAGGAGGAGGCUUCAUCGUCAUCGUCAUCAGAGCAUGAGCAUUUAUACACCACUGAACAUGAGGGUACUCCUGUGCUAACGCCAGAGGUCUCCCCGGUGCCAGGAAUCAAAAUUUCCUUGGCGCCAGAACCAGCGUCUUCAAUCCCUUCUGAAGAACAGCAGAUUUCCCUUACACCUGGCGAGGUUAUCUCUUCACCUGAAGACGCAGUGGCUUCUUCCGUGCCCGAAGAGCUGGUUUCUUCUGUGCCAGAGAAUGAGAUGGCUCCAUCUGUGGUUUCUUCAGUACCAGAGAAGGAGCUGGUUUCAUCUGUGCCGGAGAAAAGAGUGGUUUCUUCUGAGUCAGAGAAAAAGCUGGUUUCUUCAGUGACAGAGGUGACGGUUUCUUCAGUGCCAGAGAAAAAGGUGGUUUCGUCAGUGCCAGAGAAAGUGAUGGUUUCUUCAGUGCCAGAGAAGGAGGUGGUUUCUUCAGUGCCAGAGAAGGAGGUGGUUUCGUCAGUGCCAGAGAAAGUGAUGGUUUCUUCAGCGCCAGAGAAGGAGGUGGUUUCGUCAGUGCCAGAGAAAGUGAUGGUUUCUUCAGCGCCAGAGAAGGAGGUGGUUUCGUCAGUGCCAGAGAAAAAGGUGGUUUCGUCAAUGCCAGAGAAAGUUAUUAUUUCUUCAGUGUCACAGAAGGAGGAUGUUUCGCCAGUGCCAGAGAAGGAUUUGGUUUCUUCAUCACAAGAGGAAACUUGCACUUCAUCAGAGGAAGAGGUUUGUACUGUACACACAGAUAUUCCUUCAUUGCCACAGGAACAAGCCUCCUCUUUACCACAGAAAACUCCUCCACCACCGGGUGCUUCCCCUUCAACAAGGGACGAGGUUUCGUGUUCACCACAAUCGGGUUCCAGUUCUUCGGAGGAGGAAGAGGAGGCAACCUCGUCGUCAGAACCUUCGUCUGCAUUAGAACAUGAGGCUUCCUCUUCACCAGCAGCAGACGUCUCCCCGGUGCCAGAAAUUAAAAUUUCCUUGGCGCCAGAUCCUGAUGAAGCUGACGAACAGCAGAUUUCCUCUACACCUGGUGAGGCAGUCCCUUCACCAGAAGACGCGGUGGCUUCAUCCGUGCCUGAGCAGCUGGUUCCUUCUGAAACAGAGAAAGAGGUCGUUCCUUCUGAACCAGAGAAGGAGGUGGUUCCUUCUGAACCAGAGAAGAAGGUGGUUCCUUCUGUGCCAGAGAAGAAGGUGGUUCCUUCUGUGCCAGAGAAGAAGGUGGUUCCUUCUGAGCCAGAGAAGAAGGUGGUUCCUUCUGUGCCAGAGAAGAAGGUGGUUCCUUCUGUGCCAGAGAAGAAGGUGGUUCCUUCUGUGCCAGAGAAGAAGGUGGUUCCUUCUGUGCCAGAGAAGAAGGUGGUUCCUUCUGUGCCAGAGAAGAAGGUGGUUCCUUCUGUGCCAGAGAAGAAGGUGGUUCCUUCUGAGCCAGAGAAGAAGGUGGUUCCUUCUGAGCCAGAGAAGAAGGUGGUUCCUUCUGUGCCAGAGAAGAAGGUGGUUCCUCCUGUGCCAGAGAAGAAGGUGGUUCCUCCUGUGCCAGAGAAGAAGGUGGUUCCUUCUGAGCCAGAGAUGAAGGUUUCUUCUGAACCCGAGGAGGUGGUGUCUCCUGAGCCAGAGAAGAUGACGGUUUCUUCUGGGCCAGAGGAAAGGGUUUCCACCUCCUCGGGAGAGGUUUCCUUCUCGCCAGAGGAGCAGGACAGCCUUUCGUCAGGACGGGAUUCUCCUUUGUCAGAUGAGAAUUAUGCCUCAACAAGGCAAGACGUUUCCAACGUGCCCGAAAUAACGAUUUCGUUUGCCCCAGACAUGGAAUGUCCCUAUGCAUCAGAAACGGAAGAAGGGGUUGUCUCAGCCCCCGAAAAAGUCCCCUCCCUUGUGCAGGAAGAGAUUUCCUUUGCAUCAGAUACGUCCCAGGGAUCAGACGCACCGCAGGAGGCUUCGUCAGCAGCACUAAUGAAGUCCUCAGCACCGAAAGGAGAAUCAUUUAAAGCCGAUCAACGUGAUGGUUCACCAACUUUAACAUCUUCAGCCCCAAGAAAGGUUUCCCUCCCUAAGCAUGGCCAGGAAGCCUCAGCUACAGGUGAUGAGAGGAGCCGGACAGCCGCAGAACUAAUGUUUGCAACACAAACAUGUGACACUCCAGCGCCAGUGACCGAGGCUCCUCGCAUCGUAACACGAGAAAAGAUAAGUUCAUCGGUAUGUGAUCAAGACUCCCAAGACAAAGAAGACUCUCCAAUACAAGAAAGCAGCGCCUCCACACACCAGGAGGUCAUCCAUCCAACAGUACAGCCAAAGGAAGCGCAGAAAGGUUCUUCAGCACAACCUGCUAUCUCUUCUCCGCCCCCGGCACCGGCCCUUGUGACUCCAGCAAAACCCUCUGCAACACAAUCAAAAUUCCCAUCUGCUGAAGAACCACAAGAAGACUCCUCAACACGACCCCCUGUGUCUUCACCACCAACAUCUCCCCCAGUCACCCAAACACACCCUUCCUCAGCACAUACAACAAGUCUCACAUCACCAAUAAAGCCACCGGAACAGCCUUCCUCACCUCAACCACCGACAAAGCCUUCUUCUACUCAGGCAGCUCCAACACCACCAUCAAUGACACAAACACCAAUAAAUCCACUCCCAAAACAAGCACCAACCCCAUCACCAACAAAACUCUUCUCCCUGCAAGCAUCAUCAGAACGUUCUCUACCACAACCAACACAACCUUCUCCAAAGCGGACUGUAUUCCCUGAGACACCCGCCAAGCACGCCCCACUGCUGCUGCCCGACCUGUCACCCAUCGCAGCACCACAGGACACACCCUCGACAGGCUCCUCCGUGUCCCCGAGUGAUACGGCGAUGGACGCCCCGCUGAGGGAACCUGUGACCCCCAUACUAAUCCCUGGAGCAGAGACGGAGAAGGAUGACAAGGAAGUGGAGAGUGAGGGGAAACAAGAAAGAAAAAGAGGGAUAUCCCAGUCGUCUGAGGAGACAGAGGAGGAAUAUUUCACACCGCCGUCCGGCUCCCCCCCUUACUCCCCUGGACAGGUGAGGAACCAAGCACCAUUCGGAGACUUGGGCCUCACGCGGGGCCAGUGGAAUUCUGAUCAAGAGGAAGGCGCCGAGAAGACAUUUGAGUUCGUCACGUGGGGAGACGAGCUGGAAAUGAUUGUAGACUCCUCUCAGAGCCCGCGCGACGAAGGAAGUGACGCAGUAGCUUCCCAGGCGUCCCCUGAUGCAGGAAAAAAACACUCACAGCCAGGCGUGUCUGAGCUGCCAUCCAUCAAGAGAAGGAGGCUGAGCUGUGAGGAGGAGGACGAUACUUUGAAGAACGUCCUGACGUGCAGGGUCAGGUCAAGGUCACCGUCGCCCUCAGGUCCUCGUCUCUCCCGCCUGACGAGCGCUAUCCAGGAAGCUCUGAACGCUGAAGAGACUGAGAGGUCCUACGAGAUCCAGAUCACUGUCUCAGUCUUGAAGCCCUCCCAGUCCACGUCCCCAGAGCCACGAGUCCGGAUCUCCACCCAAAUGAGAUCGGACAGUCCAGCGCCGCCCUCCCAGCGACCGUCGCGCCCGCCGGCCUCGCCCACCGCCAAGUCCGAGAGAUCGAAAGAGAAAAGAAAGGAAAAGGACAUAGCCGGGAGCCCGCCACUCUCUCCUCCCCCCGAGUCUGGUAAGAGUCCGUCAAAGGGAAAGAGUAAGAGGGAAAAGUCGAAAGAUAGGAAAAGCAGGAAGAAAAGAGAACACCUAAGUGUCAGUGAAACCAGGAAGACCGUGGUCACCAGCACGAAGGAGGGAAAGAAGGAGGAGGAGGAGGAGACGGAGAAGGAGGAGGAGAAUGAGGCGGCCAAGAGAGCCAUGAUGGAGUUCUACGUCAACAACCUCUCCAGCGACACUGAUUCCGACACCUCUACCUCCUCCACCUCCACCUCCACGUCUUCCUCCGACGAUGAUGGCGAGGACGACGGCCGCUCCUACCAGGUGACGGCCCCGGGGGAAAUGGGACUCGCCACCAUCGAGGAGGACGCGGAGGAGGACUCAGGCGCGGAGAGUUCAGGCCACUGGAUGUUCUCAGCCGACAACACCGACACCGACUCAGUGAUCCACGUCCCCGCUGCCCUCGCGCCCGCCCCCCUCGACCCCCCGCUGCGCCACCCUCCGGAAGACGGAGACAGCACAGCCAGUGACGAGACGCUUGUAGUGGAAGAAGAGGAAGACGAGGAGGAGAAGGACGUGUGUAGCGGCGGCGAGGGGCGGGGCGGGCGGCAGGAAGCGGGUGUGACGGUUAGUAAUAGUCACGCCAGGACCCCCGCCUCCACCCCGGCCACCGGCGGUCAUUACGACUCUUCCGCCUCUGAGGAUGAGCACAGCAGUCAAGGAACAGAGCGGCCAGCGGAUGGCAGCUCCCUGAGGGCGGUGCACAGAAGGAGACGUAAACCAGGCGACGGGCGGCCAGCGGGCGGCGGGGCGCGCCUCCCCCACGCCAGCAUGCUCGGACCAGCCCACGCCACCAGGAUUUUCGAGAAACAUGUGGACGAUGUGUUUGACUUCGAGAGUUUGGAGAGCUGUGAGAGUGUGUCCGGUGGGAGCGAGGCAAGCUCCCCUGGCCACCCUGGCAGCCUGUCGGGGCUGGAGGAGGCCGACGUGGUGUUCAACAUGUCAGCCACGUCGCAGCCCUUCGCCGACGCCUCCCCCACCCUGGCCGGCACCGCUCAGAGGAAACCAACGUCCGGUGUGGCAGCUGGGGUACCUGGCGGCCCUGUGGGGGACACUAUCAUCUCUAAACCCUAUGAGGAAGACGGAGCUCCCUCGCUCAUCCCCACUCCCGGCGCAGCACCUGCCUGGGCGCGCGGGGAGGAGAGUGAAGGUGACUUGAGCAACGUGAUCAGUGGCGCUGCAACGGACUUAGUGUUGUCUUCCUCACACAGUGACGGUUCCCAGCUGGCCGAGGGCCACUCAGGCCCCCAGAGCAUGGACAUGUUCGGCCUUCCGUUGAGGUGGACCCCUGGACACGAUCUCCGCCAGACGGCGACUGACACCACCGUCACGGCCGGGAACAGCAACACAAGUAACGCAGAGGCUGAGGAAAGCAACGUGACACAAAUGAGGUCAGAGAGUGAUGAACUGACUUUCGCCAAUAAAGAAACACAUCUUAGCACCUCCUUUAACAGUCUUACCGCCCAGCCUUCAGACAGCCACAGCUCUGAGGCUUCAGGUGACGCUGCCCUGACCCUCCCGCCACCAGGCGUCGAGACUAGUGUUACUGAUGCAACGCAGGAGGAGGCGGGGAGCGCGGCGCGUGAGGCCCAGCACGAGGAGAUAGUGAGUGCCUCAGCCUUCACUGUUGGUGAAAACAGUAGUGAAGCCCGUCACCGUCACACACCUCACGGCCCUGCGCACCAUCACCACUUCAGUGUGGCGUCGCUCCCCCAGCAGAGCGAAAGUGAGGCACUCUUGCUCCCUCCCUCAGGUGCCUCGGACCAAGAUGAUAUUCAGGACGCCAUGAGGGACGCCCCAAGACCUCCCUUGCUGAGGGAGAACUCGGCCAUCAAGGCGGCUGUGGGAGGCUUCACGUAUGAAGCGGUGACGCCCGCGGCUCCUGAUAGCAAAGUGCCAGGCUACUUCGUUUCUGGGGAAGCGGAGUGUAUUUCCUCCGGGCUUGGGCCUCAGCCCGUCCGUUCAGUGACCUGCGGAGUUGACUUUCCCUCAGUGGACAGUGACACCGACACGGACAACACAGAUGGAGACUACGACGAGGAAGACCACUUCGCGGCCGAGUUGAGCCUCCGCAUCGCCAGCGUGCCCGCCGCCGCCACGACCAAAGUUAAGUCAUUCCGGAGCUCGGACAUUCUAAACCUAAUUGGCCUUGAAGGAGGCAGGGCGGGGCCUAGUGGGGCUGGAGGUGCCUCGGGUGACGUCUCUCCACCGGCCAGCCAGACGGGCAGCUCACCCGAGGUGCCAGAUUCACUUAGGUCCAGUGAGGGCCGCAGUGCCACUCGCUCUGUGGAGACGCUCAGUGAGGACAGUGGACUCGGGGAUCGUGACGUGCGCCUUACUCCUUCCUCGCCCCUCGCAUCCAUCUCGGAGGCUGCCCCGCGCCAGGAUCCUGCCCCUCCGGCGCAAGUUUCUGUUACGUCCCGUCCUAGACGUCAAGACAUCCGUCAGGCACGCAUCGCUCGAGCCCGCUCCUGUGGCGACUUGCGAGGCUAUACAGACUCCGAUAGCGAGGAGGAGGAAGGUGCCAUGUACGGGUGGCCGCCACACCCCGCUUCCCAGCCGCUGACGGAGGGUGUGAACGAUGCCCCCUACGGCAGCAGGACCCAGCCGCGGCAGUAUAAACCCAGCUUCACAAAUUAUCUCCAGCAGCAGGACGCGUACAGAACCGGCCGUCAGCCUCAUCGCCCACAUCCGCCCUCCGGAUCUGAAGGAAGCGAUGAGGAGUUCAGGCCACGUUUCACAAACCACAGGGUCGUCCCUUCCGGGCACUCCAAGCCUCGUAGACACAGAAGCUUCCACGAGGCGUCGCGGCAGGAUCCCACAGCCUGGGCAGCUACACACGGCGCCCCACGCCCCGGCAGGCGGAGGCCGCAGCCCAUCAGCGUGGACCUGGCUGAGCAGUUCCUCAGUCAAGAGGGCCUGAAAUCUCCCCAACGUAAACAAACGGUCGAGGACCCUUACGGUGCUGCGGGUGAGGGGCGGGGAGAGGAACGGAGGAUGCAGCAUCCGCCCUCUCUUCCGGGCACUGGGGGCGUGGCCUGCCAGGCGGCCCGCUCCACUCCAGCCAAUCAGCAGCCUCCGAGUGAAGUGAGUACCAAUGGCGGGAGUGUGGGCUCUGUAGGGUCAGGGAGCGAGAUGUGUCCGCCAGCUUCUUCUCUGACGCCGGAGCUGACGGUGCGUCGUGCCUGGCCCGCCGCCCAGGCCGCCCCGCCACCCCUCGCUACGCCCUCCCGCCCCGCGCCGGCCCCGCCCUCCACCCGUCCCCCAGCCCCGGCUCCACUCCCUCACCAAUAUAGCUCCACGCCCGCCCAGUUGCCCAAUGAGUGCCAGCCUGUACACACGGGGCGGAGCAGCGGCAGCCCAACUCAUGACUCGCCCAGUGCCACUGACAGUGAGUUGCGUGCCGCGAGUGACCUUAACGAGCAGUGCAUGUCGGGGAAGACCGGUGCCAGCCCCGCCGCGCCAGACGAAGUAAGCGCCGAGAUGGAGGGCGGCCCGGUGAGGGUGCACACCAAGACCUAUGGCUCGCACGGGGAGGUGGAGGUCUACCUGGCCAGGUCUGACAGCGGGUGUCGUCCUCCCAACACCUCCCCGAUCCUCACUCCCCGGGGCGGCGCCGAGCACAGGCCGGGCCCGCGGGGCGUCACUUUCUCGCCUUCAGUGAAAGAAAUCAACUGGCGUGAGAGUUACUAUGAGGCGGAGCCGGAGGGAGGCGAGGGCCCAGGGAGCAGUGUGAGGAAGGUCUUGGUGGUGACGUCAGAGAGCCCAACCCCGCAGCGGGUGGACCUCACCCCCUCCCCUCCGCCCCCCGCCCACGUGCCCACCAAUAGUGACUCACACAACAUAAACAACACGCCUGAGAAUAACGCCCCGGCACCUGCCGACUCCUCCACCGACACGAAGACCAACGGCAGGGUGUCAGACGGGCCUGCCGGGUCCUCCUCCGACGCUGAGAUGAGCGAGGACAAGUCACCCCGAGUCCAGACUCCUCUGUGGCAGCGGUUCAGACUCCCAAAAAUUUCCUCACCCAAGUCUCCACGACCGAAAAUCCCGCCCAAGCCACAGUCGCUCUCCUCCCGCUCGUCGGACACCGAGAGCUCCAAGCUGUCCAGCCCCGGGGUGGACAGCGGCUCCUCCACGCCGUCCUCGCCCGACACCAAGGCCAAGAAGGCUCCCGCCAGCCCCAGGUUCUUCUCGUGGGGCAGCAAGCGAGAAAAGAAAGUGAGGGUACCUCCCCCCCGCCCUGUGGUGUCCCCUCCUCCACCCCCAGCUCAAGUGAACGCCGGGCAGAGGGGGGAGGUGUCGGGGGCUGGGGUUAAAGGUGAACCGGAUCCUGCUGAGGCAGUGUCUCCCUCGGUGCUGCCCCGCGAGGACAGAGUUGGUGCUUCAGAGAACGGUGACGCGGUGAGACAAGAGCAGCAGCGUGUGCCGCCCCCGGCCCGCGAGGAGCGAGUUGCAGAGUCCCUCGUGCGGCCCGUGGCCGCCGAGAGGCCUUGCUUCACCGACAGUGAUGGCCUCAGUCUCGAGUCAGGCAGGAGCCCCCUGACCUCGGCCACGUCAGGAGAGGACAGUUCAGAUGCAGCUCCGCACCCAAGCCCGCGCCCUGCCCUGUCCAAGCCCCCGCUGCCCCCCCACCUGCAGCGCCCCACCCAGCAGGUGUUCCACAAGGCUCGCCUCCUCAGUGCCCGCCGCCAGUACUUCUCGCAGGAGCGACAGGUGUCAGCCCCUGAACGGUCCUCUCCGCCCAAGGAGGUCCCCGCUCCGCCCGUCCCAAAGCCCCGAGAGGCCCUGCAGCAGCGCAUCGCAUCCUCCAGGUACAACUCUACCUAUGAUGCUUCGACAAACCUGAAGGAAAGGUUCGAACGGUUCUCAGCCAGUGCCCGAGCAGAACGUGAGCGACUUGCCAGGAGCACGCCUGACCUGAGUGUGAUCGAGGCGAGUGUGCGCCGGCAAGGGCCACGUAUUGAUCUCUGGAACCAGUGUGAGCAGCAGCAGCAGCAGGCUGAGUCCCACCCCGCUAGUCCAGCUUCGGCCAGUGAUGGUGACGCAGCACGCCCUGAUCUCGCCCACCGCGGGGCCUCCAGUAGCCACCAGAAGGCCAGGGCUGCUAUUCACGAGCGCUACAAGAACAGGGCGCAGCGCAUCCACGCUCGUGCCCGUAGCCAGAGCUCCGGCGUACUAGAGACCGACCUGGACACCGGAGCGUCUCGGGAAGUGCUCACGCUACGAGAAACCAACUUGGACGAUUUAUACCGAGACCUUCAGCACCUCCUGGACGCUAUCCCCCCGGUGGGUGCCGCCCCGACACAGGCAGACAAGACCCGCGCUAAGUCACUGCUCGACUUGGAAGCCUCCGCCGCCAUGGAGGCCCAGCUGGCUGCCCCGGCCCGUCCCCCAGAUAACCGCGCCAAGAGCAUGGAGUUCCUCCUCGACGACGGCAACAAGGCCUCCAUCCAGCCGCCGGAGAACGAGCUGAUGAAGGGGUCGGAGCGGCAGCUGUCGGAGGCUGAGCUGCGUGUGCGCCGCUCCCUGCAACGACUCGACGUGCCGGAAUGGAUGAAGAACGCGCCGCCCCCCCAGCAGGGCUUCCUUCUCCGCCGCCGCGACUACGGCUCCAGCAGCGGUACCGCCGGCGGCUGGUCGGCGUACUCUUCCAAGACGGCCUCCAUGACCUCCUUGGGGUCGUCCCGCGCCGUAACACCCAACACGCCCACCAAGGUGGUCAUCCCCACCCGCGUGGCCACCAGGGGCGUGGGAGGCAUCACCUCCCCGGCCUCCAACUGUUCCAUCUCGCCGUCGCCCAGUGACCGCAGCGGCUCCCUCUUCCAGUACCCGAUAUCGCGGUGGUCCACGUCGCGGCUCAACUCGGGCACCACCACGCCCACGGGCUCCGUCACCUCCUCCAGGACCGUCAACACCUACACCCGUCAGCCCUACCUCGGAUGGCGCUCACAGACCUCCCUCGCCUCCCUGGCGGGGUCACAGUCCUCCCUCACCAGCACGGGCUCCUACCUUACCGCGGCGGACAGGCUCGCCCUCGGCAUCACCUCCUACAGCCAGCGGUUCGUGAAGACCACGCCGAGCACGCAGGACAAAGAGAACUCCUCCUCCGAGGCCAACGCCGCCGCUCCCAAGCCCGAGAACGCGGAACAGAACGACGCCGGCAGCACAAACGGCAGCGUGAAGUUGCAGAUCCCCGCCGACGUGGCCGACGUGCACUCGUCCAUCAAGGAGGUCACCUCGGCCAUCGUGCACUACUGCAACGAGUCCACACCCUCACCAAGAGCGUCCCCAAGGGGGUCUCCGCGCCCCGACGGGCGGGCGCCUUCCCCCCGCCGCCUGGUGUGGGUGGAGAGCUCCUUCGUGGGGUCUCGGCCCAUCACCUCGCCGGAGACGCCCACCAGCUCGACGCACGCCAUCACGCCCACCUCACAGCUCAAUGGUCACGACCUGCCGGAGUCCGGUGAGGUCACUUCCCGGCCGCCUCAGCCCCCGGAGGUGGUCAGUCUGGUGAACAGCCUAAGCAGUGCGUGUAGCAGUCUCAGGGACAGCAGCAGAGACAGCACAGCAGCCAGUACCAACGACAGCACAGCUGUCAUCGUGGACAGCAGUCUAGGAGGUGACAGCCGGGCGGACAGCAGACACAGCUUCUCCGACAGCGGGCAAAGCACAGUGGACCGCAGCACCGUAGACAGCCGGCACAGCACGGCGGACACGGUGAACAGCGGCCUCAGUAGCCGAAACAUAGACAGUCUAAAUAGCAGAAGCAGUGUGCUGAGCAGCAGAAGUAGCGGCGGGUGCAGCAGCAGGGGCAGCGUGGGCAGCAGCAGUAGAAGCAGCAGCAGUAGGGCCGGGAGUAGCAGGGAUGAUAUCGAGGCCUCGCCGGGCAGCGGAGAGGCAGAUGACCUUGCUGGCCGCCCCGCCGUCGGGAUGUUCGAGGACGACCUCCCCGCCGCGUCCUCCUCGCCCACCACGCUGGUGGUGCGGCCCGCGCAGUACCCCGCCGUGCCCCGCCCCGCCCCCACGGUCCUCUCCACCUUCCAAAGCACCCAAAGCACCCACAACGAGGCCUUCCAGUUCGGCGCCGUGGCUCAGGAUGAGUCGCGGAGGUCCAGCGAGGCGUCCGGGAUUGCCGCGGAGAGCGUGGGCCCUCAACGGCACGUGACCUCCUACGGUGAGCCGGUGGGCUACGACGAGCUCUUCAGGAGUGAAGACAGCGGCGACGGACUAUUCUCGGGGCACUACGGCGGCGAGGAGCCGGAGUCUGCCAGCCUUGUUCCUGACAGCACCACGCUGGAGGACGUCUUGGAUUCCCUCCUGGCGCUGCCCUCCGCCUCUAGGUCACCGAGCCCCGUAAGCGGCCACCACCCCCUGGGGCGGCCUUUCAGCCACCCCGGCUACACCAAGAAUACCCAGGAGAGGGACAACACCGUACCGUCGUCGCCUCAGAGCCUGGACUGCCCGCCGAAGCACCAGGAGGACACCUACGGCAGCCUUCGUAACCACAAUCUCCCGACAAACUGCAAGGCGGAAGGUUACCGCAAGUCGUUCAGCUACAGCUCGAGCAGCGGUGACAGCACCUUUCAACAACAACAGCAGCAGCCGCAGGCGGCUGGGACGCGGCCCCUCCAGCAGCAGCAUCCACCGCCCCCGCCAGAAGGUUCCCCCGUGUCCUUCUUCUUGGCGCGGGACGAAGGUGAACCUCACAGUGAGCCGCCCACCACCACCACCACCACCACCACGCACACUCCUUCACGCGCCCGCAUCGCGCACGCGCAAUCGCACGUGCACGUGGACCAUGGCAGGGUGCCCACCACGCGGCGGUUGGACGCGCUGGAGGCACAAGGCCCCGAGGACACCUCGGCUGCCAACCAGCUGGCGGAGGCCGACCCCGGCACGGGCGUCCUGCUGCACCAGUCUGCCGCUGUAGUGACACACCCACACUCGCACGCCUAUUCCGCCGCCUCCAGACCCCAUACCCACACCACCCCCUCACAGAAUGCUCACACCUCCCCGCCACACCACCCACGCCUCACCCCCGCCCCCACUAACGACUCACUCACUGGUAACAAGUCUAUCCCACAGUCAAGUUCCUCUCCCAACACCGCUCUUUUCACAUCUCUGUCUUACUCUCCAACGACCACCGCUUCUCGUCAAGUCCACACCACCCAUUCUCUCCCCAACUACUCACGCUCCUCUGCUCUCCCUAACUGUGUCUCGUCCGAGGCCGCCACCACCAGCCCUGUCACUGUCAAUGCUCACCACAGUCCCCUCCCUCAGUCGGGCUCCCGCAGUGCUCCCUCUGACGCCCGCCGCCCCAGCCAGCCCCAGGCCACCUCCCCUCGGGCAGGCACCCAGCCAGGCCAAACAUCUCGCACAGGCCUCCACAAGGGGCACCAUCAGCCUCACGCUCCUGGCCACUUUGUUCCCGACAGCCACAGCUCCGGCCAAGUCAAUCAGCUGGGCGCCUCACCUCCCAAGCGGUCGUCGCAGGAAGUGGCUCCAGCGCCUCAGGCUGACCCCUUGACGGAGGCCCUCAUGCUCAGCGGGGUGAUCGCAGCCGUCCCAUCAAUCGUUGAGCACCGCCCGCAGCAGCCGCCGCCGCCACCGCCGGGGCCGCGGGUCACUUUCCAUCUACCACCACGCCACAUGAACAUCCCGCCAGACUCCUCCUCUGAAAACGGCAACGGUAACGAGAACGUAAGAGUUGACGCCGAUGAUGAGUCGAGCAGUUCUAAUCUCAUGCGAUGUCGCAACCCGAGUUGUGGUCUAACGGCGGACACGGACGAGGCUCGCACCGCCUUCAAGUCUUGCCACAACUGUUGCACCUUCUACUGCUCGCGGGCGUGCCGCAGACAGCACUGGGAGCGGCACAAACGGCAGUGUAAAAAGAUUCGCUCCCUCGCGGUGGCCAAGCAGGUGGUGGCGCGCGUGAGGGAGGACGAGGCGGUGCUGGAGCGGGUCAGCGCCGUGGCGAGGCGGGGGAUCCGUGCCCUGGGCCGCGGCACCGUCAAAAUAUUCUUCCACGACAUCACAGCCGCGGAGACCUUCGUGGGCGGCGGGGAGUUGCCGGACACGCAUUAUAUGACCAUCCAGAACCUGCUGCCCCAGGAGACAGGCCCCGAGGUGUACAAGCAGAUAACGGAGUACUGCAAACACUACAACAUUGACUACAAGCUGGUGCUCUAUGUCAGCAUCUGUAUCAUGAACGAAAUCCCCACCGGCUCGUCGCCCAAAUGGGAGCGCGAGGUGGUGUCUCACUGCGCCAAGCUACGGCUCGCCGGUGGGCCAAGCGCCGGAUGUGUCGACACGUGGAGUCCGCGGCCAGAGCGUCAUGUCAUCACGCGGGACAUGGACGAGCCGGAGACGCUGAUCCUCACGUCGGCGCCCAUCCCCGACUCCAAUACGUCUCCGCAGGCGGCGCGGCACAUCGCCUUCAACAACAUCGUGCGUCACCUCCGCGAGAAGGGCAUCAGCCUGCGCCACCAGUACCCUGACGUCCACAGGAAGCUGACCGCAUACGUUGAGGUCGGUGAAGUGUUCCCGCCACUCACCAUCUACCCGAGGGACGUCACCACCGGCAACACCUUCAUGUGCAUCAUCAUGCCCGAGACAGACCACGCCAAGCUGCAACUCCUCAGCAACGACGCCUCGAAGGUCCGCACCAUCGACAUCUCCCGCCCACACCCGCCCGCCUGACAUCCGAUCCCAUGACCCAAGCCUCCGGUCAGGCCGUAACCACCUCAGAGGGAAGCAAAUCCCCUAGCAGUCACCAGUGGAGUAAGCAAACUUCCAGAACACCUUCCCCUCGACUGCCUGUGUUCCCCGAGCGAGCCAGGCCUGUGAUAACGCAAGGUGUUGGCGGUGACGCUGCACAUUGGCCUUAGACACACAGCCCGGCCACAGCUGCGCCUGGCAGGUCGCCGUCGCGUUCCUCACCUCCUGCAGUCAACUAAAAUCCAUGUUGGCGCUCUUAUCUAGUCAUCACCUACGUGUCUUCCCACGGUGAACCUACAUCACUGUCUCGCAUCAUAUAACUUUCAUCGAGCAAGUUGAAUCGGUGCACUCACUCUACUGAGAAGAAUACACAGCUGGAAGUGAGGGCGGUGGGUGCAGGGCGACGGGCAGCCUUGGCCAGGGACCCUCGCUGCUCUGCCAAGCGGGCGUGUGUUUGCAUCUUUCAUUACUGUUUCAAUGAUUUGCUUAGAAUACCGAUGACUGUAGAGUAUUUGUAUAGCGGUUGCAUAUUUUAGUAUCUGGCGGGAGAGAAAGCCUGCCCGUGUAGGGGUGUUGGCGGGACACACGCGCUGCUGAAUCAAACGAGGGAGGAUUCACGCCUUGGGAGAUGCCUGUGUGUGUGUGUGUGUGUGUGUGUGUGUGUGUGUGUGUGUGUGAGUGUGUGUGUGUGUGUGUGUGUGUGUGUGUGAG